UGAACACCUUCACCAACCACGACAAUAAGUUGAACAAGAAGAAAGUUGUGUUUGUAAUGGGAGCAACAGGAACUGGAAAAACUCGUCUCUCUGUUCAUCUUGCAACCCAUUUUAAAGGAGAAAUCAUCAACUCCGACAAAAUGCAAGUGUACAAGGGACUUGACAUUGUUACCAACAAGAUCACAGACUAUGAAAAACAAGGUGUACCACAUCAUUUGCUAGGUGAAAUUGAGCCAGAUGUUGAGUUCACGGCUGAGGAUUUCUGUUCUCAAGCCAUUUUCUAUAUAGAAAGCAUUUCAAAGUCUGGAUGCGUUCCAAUCAUCGUAGGAGGGUCAAAUUCAUACAUUGAAAAACUCGUUGAAGACCCUGAGUUCAUGUUUAAAUCUAAGUACGAUUGUUGCUUCAUUUGGGUUGAUGUUGCCUUACCUGUCUUGUUCUCUUUUGUUCGCGUAAGGGUUGAUCAAAUGGUCAAUGCAGGGCUAGUGAAUGAGGUACGGGGAAUAUUUGUUCCAGAUGCAGAUUACACUAAAGGAAUCCGAAGAUCCAUUGGUGUCCCUGAAAUGGACAAGUAUUUAAGAGAAGAAAACAAAUUAGACAACGAUGAAGAAUCUAAGAAGACACUUCUUGAAUCUGCAAUUGAGGAAAUUAAGCUUAAUACUUGCGAAUUAAUCUGUCGCCAACUUGCGAAAAUUCGACAAUUUAGGAAUGAAAAAAUGUGGCCGUUGCAUCAUAUUGAUGCAACUAGUGUUUUCAGAAAAGUUGAAAAAGAAAGUGUUGAUAAUGCAUGGAAGGAAAUUGUGUGGAAACCCUGCUUGGAAAUUGUGGAAGAAUUUCUCAAAGAUGAUGAUCAGAAGAUCAAUGUUGAGGCUGCAAAACUAAUGGAGUAGUAUUAUACUAGACCAUAUAGUUCGUUCCUUUUGAGCAGCUGAAGUGUUAGUAUUAAGUAUUUCCAUUUCUUUUACUUUUCGAGAUUAAGGUAACGGAGGACUAUAGUGAGGGUCCAUCUUUGUACCUUGAUUGGUGAACUCCCAUGGGCCCGUUUGGCCAUUAUUCAACUAUUUGAAAUUAUGUUUAAUUUGAAUUAUAAAAUUUUGU